CACACUUUUUAAGGAGCAUCCUGGAAAAGCAGAAUGGCAUAGAAUAUUAUUUGCAAAAAGUCGAGGGCAGACUUACUGUAAUAGAGCAGACACUCGCAAACAACGUUGUCCAACGCAGCGAUAUGAUGGCCCAGAACCAGCUUAUUAGGGAGUGCAAGGUGAUGCUCAGGAAGGUACAGCAGUCCGUUAGCCAAAUUACCGGAGAAAUCGAGGACAAACAUUUGGAAGAAAUUUCCGCUAAACUUCACAAUGGCGAUAUUGGCAUCUCCUCAGAAGUGGAACAAAGUCUAACAAACCCCGAAUUCAAGCAAGCAAUGAUAACAUAUAUGUAUAAGGUCAAAGGGGCUUCCGGAAGUGUCAACGACGUCAUCCGCAAUCUGUUUGAAAGUGGUGGACGAACUUUUAUUUGUGCGAGGGCCGAAUGAAUUUUGAGAAAAACGUUAAGAAGUCAAUUGAUUUGGCCCAUAAUCGGCAUAAACAAAAAAAUCGCCUGAG